CAAAAUUUCAGUUCGCAUAAAAUGUAAAUGAAAAAACAAUUAUAUGUGAAAUAUUAAAAGAAAAUUAUUAAACAAGUGUUUAUGUUGAAGUUAUUGUAUGAAAAAAUAUAAUUUUAAUUGAAAAUGCCACAAAAUCAAGCUAAAAAACGUAAUAGUGACAAGGAUUCAGCAGUGGUUUCAGCCCAAGGCGAGGAUAGCAAUGGCAGUAGUGCUGCAGGCACAAAUUCAGUUUUAAAUCAAAGUAAUGGUAGUAAUAGUUCAGGAAAAUCACGAAAAAGGAAACGCUGUGAUGUGGUGCGUUUUAGUGAUUUGGAAUCUGAAUUUGAAGAUUGUGACUUGGAAGAUGCUGCUGCUUUGGAGACAAGGCUACGUAAAGUUGCACGUACCAACUCCUUAACUCACGAUGAAAUGAUGAAAUUACUGCAUAAAUUUGUUAAAAAUGAACACAUUUUAGCUUUGGUCACACUAAAAGCAGAAGAUGAAUUAGCCCGUGAGAAAAAAAGCCAUGAAGAACGAGCCAUUUUAAUAACUGAGAAUACAUCAGUACCAAAAUUAACACGGGCCAAAGCUAGAGAACUAAAUAAAACGCCCAUUUUAAAAUUGCCUUCACUCAAAGUGCCGGAACCCGAAAUAGCUUCCCUUAUUAAGGAAGAUUUACACUCUGAUGAAGAAGAUGAGGAAUAUGUAUUUCAAGAGGAAGAUUUUUCCGAUGAUGAUCCCAAUACCACGGCUUCUGACUUAGAAUCAAAUCCCCGUACACCUCAAACUCCAGCCAGUCAAUAUGAAGAUUCUCCGGUAAAACUGACCGACGAUGGUUGCUUUAAAGUCCCCUUGAGUAAGAAGACCCAAGAAUUAACGCAAGAAUUGCGUAUAGCUACCAGAACGAGAUCGAAAUUAUGUUUAGAACAGACUACCAUAGAAGAUUUACAAUCGGAAUUUGUUCCUCCGGAUGUAGAGGAACCUUUAGAAGUUUCAGACUUACAGCCUUUGGAUAAAGAUUGGAUGCAAUUUUUAAAUGACUUUUCUAAACCUUUAAAUAACAGUUUAGUAGGUGAUGAUGAUGAUCCUAUUAAUGAUCCAGAAUAUGUGGCAGCCGAAAAAGAGCCAGUUGAUGCCGAAGAACUAAGAGAUGUUAAUAUCUCGAAAAAAGAACUAUCUGAACUGGUGGCUGAACUAUAUGAUGGCCUAAUGACCGAAGGUUUAUCUAUGGAAAGCAUUGACUUAGAGACACCACGUAAAUUUCUCUUAAGCUAUCAGGAAGAUAAACUCAAUACACCGCACACUACACCAGAAAGAUUAGAAAGUAAUUUAGAAGUCUCCAGACAAUUAAAUUUUGAAAAUGAGCAAGAAUGUCAAAAUCAAAUGUUGACCGAAACGCCAACACAAACAAAUACACUAAAUAACACACAAGAUUUAAACAGCCAGACUGAAACAAAUGUAAUAACUUCUACAAAUAAUCAACAUGAUUAUUCCUUUCAGCCGGAUGUUAUGUCAACACCAUCCUCUACACAUAAUAAACAAACAGAUAAUAGAAAUAUAGAUUAUACGAAUCUUAAUACAGAUAGUAUGGCCCUAAUACCCAUAGCUCAAACUCAUGAUAAUAAUAUGGAAAAUAACCAUAAUAAAACCAUAAUCAUAGCUUCAAGCACUUUAAAUACACAAUUAGAAUUAAUAGCUGUACCCGUACCGGGACAACCAAAUUGUUAUCAAUUGGCCAAGGUUGUCGAAAAUCCCGAAAAUAUAGAAACUGUUACAGCACCCAUACAAACUACACAACAAAAUAAUGAAAAAAACAAUAAAACUACUAGAUGUGAUCGUUUUCUUCAGCUAAAACGUAAUAUUAUUAACGAAUAUAUUGAUAAAUUUAAAAACUUACAACAUGCCCAAGAUAAUAAAAUUUCCAGUACAACAACUGAUAGCUCUUUGGCGGAAACUGCCGAAAAUACUAAUACCGGUUUUACACGAUAUCAAUACGAUUUAAUGCAACAACAAUUGAGAAUUCAUAUACAACAAUUAACACAAAAUUUUGUACAAACCUAUUGUCAUCCACAACUGUGGAAAUUAGCACCAAAAAUUAAAGAACUUUUAUUAGAUUUACAAGAGAAAUCUAAGGAAAAUAUUAAUUUUCAAGUAUGGAAUUUAGAACCGGCCAUAGAACUCAUACAAAAUUGGCAAAAAGAACUGGAUGUGGAUACUCCUGAAAAUACAGAAUUAAUGAACUUUUUACAUCAUGAAAAUUGUUUAAUGGGGAGCCGUCAUUCGACUCGUUUUCAUCCUCGCAUUUUAGAUUGUUACCUCAAUUCGCCAGUUUUUAUGUAUCCUCAGUAUUUGCCGCGUCUACCGUUCUCGGGAAAACCUUCAAAUCCUAUUUUUUCACCAGUAGAAUCUUAUCUUAUAGCCAUGGGUUUGGAAAAGCAUUUACAGCUUAUCUAUGAGAAAAAAGAGAAAAUUUCCUAUAAGACUACCCCCUUAAGAGUGGCCUGUAAUCGUUUGGCUAGAGAUACUGUAUGUGGCAAAUUGCCACGACGCAUUUGGGAUCAUAUAAUGCAUUUACAAAAAGUUGAUUACUAUAAUCCGAUUAAGUACUUUUUUGAACAUAAUAAAGCUCCUCCGGUGGAUCACGAUCCUAUCUGGACUUUUGAGAAUAAUGUUGUAUUACCCCCUAAGGAUCGUAUACCAGAAUUGCCAGUAGUUUUUCAAACGUAUAUACAAAAGAAAAACCAGCCACCUAAAGAUAAAGCUACUAAAAAGAAAAAAUCACGUAAAACUUGUUCACCCAAAGUGUCCGACGCAUUUAGAAAUUCAUUCUUUGAAUUUGUGCAAGAAGCUGUGGGCCAAGAUAUACCCGAUGUUAUUUAUGAUCCUGCUGAAACAAGUGAUACAACUCCAAUUGAUGCUGAAACAAAUACUGCAGAAAAACGUAAAAAAAUAACAAAUUCUAAGCCAACAGCAAAAAGGAGAUGUUUACCUCAAUCAUUAACCAUUAAUGUUAAUUAUGUCUAUGGCAAUAACUUAGAUGUUUCCUCUACAUCCUCAAAUACCACCCUGCCGGCAUUAACAGCUCCCUCGUAUACUGCAGAAGUAAUAGGAUCAUCACCUAAAAGCAAUUCUAAAUAUAACUUGAAUUCCACAAACGUUGAGGAAUCUAUUGUAACUAAUCAUAAUACUAGUAAUAACAGCCUACCAGAUUCUACUAUAAAUAGUACCAUCGAUUUGUCACAAAACACUGAAUGUCCAGUUAUAACAUACAAUUUCGAUUGGAAGACUAAAACUCUACAGCCGGCCUUUGACUCAACGAUUAGCCAAGCGGAAACGAGCCAAAUUCAAACUACUUCUCCUGCUCCUUCUCCAGUCGGAAAUUGUAGUAGAUCCUCCUCACCUACAAACAUAAAUUAUACUACAACUUCUCCUCCUGCCUCUCCUCCUCUUGCUGAACAACACAAACCAGUCGCUGGUCAUUUCCAACAAUCGCAAAAGUUCGGGCAUAAAUUUAGAACAUCUAAAAAAAUCUGUUUAACUCAUAAACUUCAUAAAAGAAUCAAACAAAAGGCCUCAGCUUAUCGCGAAAAACGUCAUAUCCAAAGACGUUGUGAGGAAUUAAUUACCCUCUACUCUUUACAUUUAGAUAGAAUACUCGCAAAGUAUAAAGAUUCUCCUUUAAUUAACAAUUAUUAUCGGCACUUUAAAGCUUUAGAAUUGUAUACAAAUCUUUUAAAAAGCUUAAAGUCUAUUUGUGCUAAAACUUUCAACGAAAUGGCCAACAAUGCAAAUAAUAGCCCCUCUUCACUGAAACGUGCCCGCAGUAGUAACUCGAAUACAGAAGAUGAUAAUAAUAGUCCCUCGUCUGUGCGUCAGGUGAGAAAAUUAAAUCGUCAAGAGGAAAAUUUUCGUCACAUGCUGUUGCCCGAUACGCCAGAAGAGGCAAAUCGUAAAGAUGCUAUUUAUGCCUUUAAUUUCUAUGAAAAAGUGGAAGAAGCUUUUAAAGCCUCUAAUAAACUUGAAGACUGUAAAAAAUUCAAUGCCAUACUGAAAGCUUUCGAUCCUAAAAAGGAUAAAGUUUCAGAUUUAUAUUAUAAAUUAGAAAAACUCUUUCUACCCGAUCAUCCCGAGCUGGCUCAGGUAUUUCUCACUUUUCUGCUGCCCUCCGAAGCAGCCGAAAUUGGCAAAUUUUUUGAGCAUUUCAUGAUCAACAACAUGACCACCUUUAUAAAUAAAUUAAAUAUUUAUUUUAAUAAACAACCUGCACAAAUACGUAAAAUCUAUAAUUGUUUAAAUGAUUUGGCAGAAGAUCCUGAUGUUACCAUGAAAAAGGUGGAAUCGAAAAUUAUACCCUUAUUAAAGGGUAAUCAAUUUUUAAUCGAUUGGUUUAUGCAACAAUUUCCACAAAACACUCCGCCAGAAAGACUAUUUGCCAAUCCGGAACAUAUAAAUCUUAAGGAUCAACAAACUAAUCGUUCGGCUGAAUAUGUAGAGACAGUAACAGACUUAAUGGAUUCCCCCACAAAUGAUGCUCAGCAAAGUUGUCAAUUGAGGUACAUAAAUGGUCGCAUUUUCUAUGGUUCCAAAAUGUUAUUACCCGCUAAAUUGUCUUUUAUGGCGGCAACUUACAAGGACAAACCGAUAUCGACUGAACCCACCACAUCAUCUUCAGCAACAUCAUCCCAGAAUGCCUGUGUUCAUGGCAUACGAGAACAUGGUGAAAAACGUCUACAAGCGGCAGCAGACUUAACAUCUAACACUCACAUCAAUAACGCAGAGCCUCCAUCAAGUGAUGAUCAAGACAAAUCUGAAGAGGAAGAUGUCUCAAAAGCUUUAGUUAUUGAUACUACAGCCGAUGAAGAGGAUAGCUGUUCGUCGGUGGAAUUAUGUGAUGAGGCCAGCUUAAGAGCUCAUGCCAAUCGUUUAAAUCCCUCGGUUUAUAGUUCCACCUGUUAUGCUGCGGCCAAUGCCACCAGUACACCCAAUUUAAGUAACACCUUUCAGUCACAUCAUCCACAUGCUAAAAAGACUUCUUUAAAUUUUAAUGAUGAAGUGAAAUUAUCACCACGUAAAAGCUCUCUAACAAACAGCUCAUCUAAUCAAGCGAACGUAAUGUCCCCAUUAGCGGCUGCUGUAUGUAAUUCGCCGAUUAAUUCCAAGGAAAAAAGAAAAUCUCCUAGUAAAAAAACAAAAUCUCCUUUAAAUAACAGUAGUCAAAAGACAAUAAGAUCUAUAGCUACCUCGGUACAACCCAUGGUUGUUAUACACGAGACAAGUUCAGCUAUACAAUGUGCCAAACGUUUGAAAACCUUAAUUGGUGAAGAAACGCAAACAGCGGAAAAUACCGAAGAAGUAAUAGAUUCCAAGGAGAUAAUACAAAUUGUGGCUAGAACUAAGAAUUCUUUGCAGUCAUCGGAAAAUGUAACGGCCUCAGCAAUAUGCGAAAAUGUUAAAGAAGAAUCGGCAGAAGAUAUGGAAUUUCUGGAUGAAGAGCCAGCGCUUAGUCCUAGCCCUUUUCCUUGUCUACGCAUGGAAACCGAUUCCAAUGAAGAAGAUGCUUAUAACACUACACCACCACCAAAGCCAGCUACUCAACCAACAACUCCAAAUGCUGCAGCAACAGAGGCUAGUGAAACGGAAGCACAUAGCAAAGAAACGGCAAAAACCUCAACUGAAAAACCCAAUACAGUUUUAAAUUUAAAUGCCGCCUGGACCAGAGAUGAGGAUAAAAUUAUACUUAUCGAAAUGAAAUUAGGCUCACAGAGUCGUCAAGAAUUAUAUCAACGUAUUGCCGACAAACUGCCCAAUCGAACAAUGUUUGAAAUCACCUCACGACAUCAAUUCUUAAUGGAUUUCCUCUCGAAAUUGCAAGGAAAAUAAUUCCGUGAAUUGUAUUUUAAAUGCUUGUUAAUUGUUAAUAUUAGUUUUGUUUUAGCGCUUAAGAAAUUUUCUCACAAAUUAUUCUAUUUAUAUCUAUUAUGCCUAUAUUUCUUAAACAAAAAUCUCUUUAACAAUAAACUUGUUUUAUGAGUUGGACUUCCGUAAAA